UGCGAGAAAAUAUUCCAGGUAUAUUCAUAAUGAAAUGCAUAUGCCAUAGCUUUCAUUUGUGUGCAUCAUAUGCAUGCCACAAGUUGCCUGAGGAAGUGGAACAAUUUGCGAGAGAAGUAUAUAACUAUUUUUCAAAUAGUCCGAAGAGAGUGGAAGAAUAUAAGGAAUUCCAGGAAUUUGCAAAUGUCUCAAUAUCGAAGAUUUUACAUCCUAACCAGACACGUUGGUUAUCUCUGGAAUGCGUGGUUAAAAGGCUUCUUAAUCAAUAUGAAGCUUUGAGGUUGUAUUUCGUAGAUCAGGCGUCUCUUAAAAUCAGUCAAGCAAAUAUUAUUUUAGAAAAACUAAACACGCCCGAAAAUAAAUUAUACUUAUCAUUUUUAUCGCAUGUACUACCUAUUUUUAAUAGCUUAAACAAAUUAAUGCAAAGCGAAUCGCCCAAAAUUCACGUUAUUUAUAAAGAGGUUGCUAGAACAGUUAAAACAAUUUUAGAUUAUUAUAUUAAGGACGAAUAUCUAAAUGCCAACAUUGAAAAUAUAGAUUUUAAAGACCCUAGACUUUUUUUAAAUUUAAAUGACAUGUACUUUUCUGCCCACAUAAACUCUGCCGAUCUGGAGAAAAACCGACUCGACAUGGUAAAAUUAAGAUGUCUAGACUUUUAUAUUGAGAGUGUGGAGCAAAUAUUGUCAAGAUUUCCACUUAAAAACUCUGUGUUUCAGAAAUUAGAAUUUCUAGAUCCUGAGGUAGUUAAAUCAAGAAAAAUCAGGUCUAUAAGUAAUGUUUCUAUGUUGUUUCAAAAUUUAAUUCCUGCUGAUAUGCAAGUUAUUGACAAUGAAUGGUUGUUACUUAGAAAUUAUGAAAUUAAUUUUACCUGGAAAGGUAUUUGCGAUUUUUGGGGUAAAAUUGCUAAGAUUAAAUGUGUGGAAAAUACAGAAUCCCGGUUUCCCAAUUUAAGUAAUUUUGUGUUUAAUUUAUUAACUUUGCCGCAUUCCAGUGCUAACGUAGAGAGGGUGUUUAGUCAGAUAAAUUUAAACAAAACAAAACAGAGAAAUCGGUUGAAAACUCCUAUGAUAGCUGCUAUACUGCACACCAAAAGUUUAGUGGGCAGAGAAAACCGUAUUUGUUCAAAUUUUCCAAUAGGAAAAGAUUUGCUUAAAAAAUUAAAUAAACAAAUUUAUGAUUCCGAUGAGUCAGAAUAAAAUAACGGAUAUUUCGGAUUUUUGUUUUUCAGUUAUUUACUUUAAGAUUAUGUACGUUUGUUUACUUUAACAUAUAAUUUUAUGUUUUUAUUUAAAUUUGUUAAUAAAAAAGUAGAUAUUUUGGUA